AUGGAUUAUUCAACUUCAUAUCAAAACAUAGCAGCCACAGCUAAGGCACUUCAGAGGAAAGUGGCCGUACUGGGUGCCAAGAAUGUCGGGAAGACAACAUUUACUGUUCGGUUUGUGGAAUCACGAUUUGUGGAAUCGUACUAUCCUACAAUUGAGAAUCAUUUUACUAAACUAAUACGACUCAAAAAUCAUAAUUUUACUUUGGAGAUAUUGGAUACAGCUGGCCAAGAUGAAGUAUCUUUAUUGAAUUUGAAAUCACUCGUCGGAGUUAAAGGUAUAAUACUUUGUUAUAAUGUUGUCAAUAGGAAUAGUUUUGAUUUGAUUCCAAUUAUAUGGGAUAAACUAGUAGACCAACUUGGGUAUGACAAUAUUCCCGUGAUACUGGUUGGUAAUAAGAUCGAUCUACGACUUAAUGCUGAUAAUAGGAAUAUAGUCGCCGCAGAAGAAGGUGAGAAAUUAGCGAAUAUGAUAUGCAGUAGUGAUAAGAAAUUAAGAGCUGAGUUUAUGGAAUGUAGUGCCAAAGACGAUAUCAAUAUUGAAGAGGCAGUGAUGCUAUUGUUAAAGAAAAUGGAAGCUGCAGAAGGUAGCGGUGGAUUUGAUCCUAAUAGUAGUAACAAAUGUAAUAUCAUGUAA